UUCAAUAGGACAGCUUUUAUUCUCUCGAUUUGUUCUCGAGAAGUUCCGUUUCCUCGAUGGUACUAGACACAUCGACCAUGGCACAAAGAUACUUAGUGCCAAGAGACCUACUACAAUCCUUGGCAUCGUCUGACAGACCAGUGGUGCCAGCAGGCACUACGCAGACAGAAAGGCCGCCUGAAAUAGAUUGCUGGGAUGCGUUUGAUUGAAUCAAAGGUCGAAAAACCGCAUUGAUUUUUAGAAACUAGAUAAUCGUUAUAGAAGAAUGGCAAGAUGAUGUAUUGAAUUUGAUGUAUGGCGCGCGACGCUCUCAAGAAAAGCAACUUAAAAUGAAUUGCACGUCGUUAACUACAUAAAAAGAAACUACAAACUGGAAGCAAGCAACAUUAUACCAAAAAGGAUUACAACUACAAGUGAACCAGGUUUGUUAAACAAUAGUAAUAGUUUUCGUUGGAAAUGGAUCAACAGCUCAUUUGACGGGCUUUUUGUGGUUCGAAUUUGUUUGAUUCUCGUCCGUAAGAAAAAUGACCCUGGAAUUGGAAGAAAAGAAGAUUGGCCUUCAUUAACGCGCAAAGAUUUUAGAGAAAGUUUCGAUUGGAAAAAAUUUAGAAUGUCCGCUCGCUACAAUCAUUGCCUUGAUUUGAAACCAGAGAAAUAUUGAUGUUUCGCAUGUGGUCGAAAAAGAGGUUUUUUUUGCUUGGUUAGACUUACGAGAUAGAUUUUCCGUGGACAAUGUCUACAUGUUUCGAAAGUUUAGAAGAUGAAUGAAUACG